CUCACACACACACACACACCCCUUUAUUGUUACAAAGACGCAAUCGCACACCGUUCCGAUCCGAUAUCACGAGGAUUUCCCUACUAGGGCGGGCGCUGUUACUUUAAAAUUCGACUCAGCGCUCGUUUCAAUUAAGACGAACGCUGCGCUUGCAAACACCAAACACGAACUGUGUGUGUAAAGAGGAGGGCGCGAGCCCGGCGUGCGUGAUUAAGAAAGGAAUGCUGACACCCUUUGGCGAGGCUCGCUCAGAACAGCGUCUCCGACGCGCGACUUUUCCGUAUAGGAGCGAGGCAGCCUGCCGUAACUGCGGCUCAGCGAAACAUCUGCGUGCUUAGAAUUUAUGAAUCCCUUGUUCUGAAACACAUUUCGUCCCCUUCUCUCUCUCUCUCUCUCGAGAAAAACGCGGCGGAUACGAUGGACCCGCGACCGUGCUCCCACAAUGUUUCACGCAAGACCACGUCCGCGCCAGCGGGGGGCGCUACACGAUCCGCCAGGAGGCCGCGGCUGUCGCGGGAAGCCGCUCGCAUCUCCUCCCCUUCCAAAGGGUUAAUGAUCCAUCCCUGCGCAAGCCGAGCGAGCGCACGGCGCGUCUGGUCCUGAAGGAACAGCUCCGUGGAACCCGGCGCACCGGCAGCAGACAUGCAUAUCAGGAUGCUGAAACUGAGGCUCUUGAACGCCAUCGCUCCAGCCUACUUCUACUCGGCCACUGCCAUCACCUUCGCCCUCCACUUCUACCUGUUCCUACCCACCAUUUUCCCCUCACAUGGCAGGGGGUUCAGUAGCACCACUGUGCUCCACAGCAUCAUCUUCCUGUACCUGAUGCUCAACGCAUUGGGGAACUACACCAUGACCAUCCGUCACCCGGCCGAGAGCCCAAACGAGAAGAUCGUUCCUGUGUGUUCCCCGGACUGCCCGGACCGAGUGGACGCCCACUACCUGCUCAACGGCCGACACUUCUGCAAGCUGUGCAAGAAGGUGAUCCUGAGGAGGGACCAUCACUGCUUCUUCACCGGGAACUGCAUUGGCAACAGGAACAUGCGCUACUUCAUCAUGUUCUGCAUCUACACCUCCUGCACCUGUUUGUAUUCCUUGGUUCUUGGAGUGGCCUACCUCACGGUGGAGUACUCCAUCUCAUUCGAGAGCCCUUUGACCUUUCUCACCCUCCUCCCCCUGUCCACAGGAUACUUUUUUCUAGGUGCCAUCUCUGGUCUCCAGUUCUUCUUGGUGCUGAUGCUGUAUGUUUGGCUGGGCAUUGGGCUUACCUGCGCCGGCUUCUGCUGCCAGCAAGUGCUCCUGGUGGCCCGGGGCCAGACGUGGUGCCAGAUGCGUAGCGGCCGGCUGGCAGAGUCCGACAGCUCCUGGCGGGCCAACCUGAGCGAUGUGUUUGGGAGCCGUUGGGCGUUGGGUUUCUUCUUGCCUGUCCAGACAGUGGAGGCUUCACAUGGGGAUGCCGCCCACGAGCAUGAGUAGACCCAGGUGAUACGCCACCUCUCCCCCAGUUAGUCCACAUUUACAUUUACUUGUUGUAAGUCAAGCUACUUAAGAAUGAUUUACCGUAUGAUACAGCUGGGUAACUUACUGGAGCAAUUUAAGUACCUUGGUCAAGGGUAUUUAUAGCAGGAGGUAGGGUUCAACCCUAUGACCUCCAAGUCCACAGGUGGCAGCUCAAACUACUAUGCCACCUACUGCCCCACAAAUUAGGUAGCGUCUUUUCUCUGGAGUUCUUUUGCCGCAAUUCCUGCAGUUAGCGGUCGUCAGCUGUCACGCAGAAACGCCAUCGUCGCAUUUCUAUCCGAUGCCUCAAAUCAUGCUAAAGCGGGAAGCCGUGCGCUCUUCGUGUUUGUUCCGCCACAUACCUGGUUGGAUUCGAUCGUGUUCACGCGCCAUCGUUUGAGAACACUGCAACUCAGUCCGGUACCCAUCACAUUCAUCCUCAAGGAGCUGGCCAGUACUAAAAUGGUGCACACCACCCUUGCCUGCGAGACGGCGUUCGCCAGCCACGUGCGCAGAGCUUGAGCGGAUUUCAAAGCUACGAAGAAAGGGUGGAAGGACAUCACCACGGAGUUACGUCAACAAUGGUGUUGGUCACCCAGGUCAUCGUAAAGGAAUCUGCUACCUUGGGUUUUACACGCAUCAGUUUUAGUCACAGCGAGUAAAAGUGUUUCACACAUGUCCACACGCUAGUGACCACCCCUCAAUCGGGAUACAGGAUACGGUAUUUAUAGUAUAGAUAGAGGAUACUACAGCCAGAGUAUAAUUUUCAACUCCUGGGACUUCAUGUAGCAAAUUGUUGCAACAGUGCUUGUGUUCUGGUAGAAUACUGCAGUAGAAGUCCGGCGAAAUUAAACGUGCAUCUCCAUCUCUGCAAUGUGAGACACAUUCAUUACACAGAUCAUUCUGUGCUACAUAAGUGUUCCUGAGAAAACCCACUUAAAAACAGAAUUAUUCUUACUAUUAUAUAAUGGUAUAUUAUUCCAAUAUACAGAACUGAAAGUUUCUUUUCUCACAGCUCUUUAAAAGUGUAUCCGGUGAGAAAUUUCCAUUGAUCCGCACGUAAAAACGUAGAUGUUGUUCGUUCCAUUUCGGGGAUUAGUGUCCUGUGGGGUCCGUCAUAAAACCAGAAGGGCUAUUCACAUGAAUAUUUUAAACAGAAGUGUUUAACCCCAGGAAUAACAAAUACAGAAGCUGUUACAUGUCUGCGCUGCUAGAGAGAACACUGUUAAGACAACGGUAAACCUUCAGUCAGCAGAUCAGAUGAGGUCAUGUGGAGUCUUUGAUGCCUUUGAAUUCAAGAAUUUUUUUGUGUAACAAUGCAGAGUGACUUUAAACAAAUAGCCAAAAGGAUAAUUGUUCAAAACUAAUAUUAAUAUACACCCUUCUCAACUUUUGCAUUGAAAAACAAUUUAAUACUUGAUGAAAAAUAAGCGCUACAUUAUUGUACCUCACUAGAACUUUCUUGAAACCUGAAAUGCACAGACAUGCAACUUAACUACAGGUUUGUUAAAACGUAAGAGGUGUCAACCUAAAAAAGGACCACUUCAUCUCUCUCAUCCACAAUGGCCUGUCUAAAAAAAGGCUUCGUCUGAACUGUAGUUCUCAUUUCUCAUAUUUCUAGAAGUAGAGGCAACGUUUUUGUUGCUUUGUAGAUGUCUUUCUAGUGUUUUACACAAUA